CCUUUCUCAAAAAUGGACAUCUUUACCUCUCUGGCUCUUAACAAUGCCAAUAAAGCAAGCUUCGCUUAUAAAAAGCUAAUGCCCUUUUCCUUCUGCAACGUCCUCUUCUCCCUCCCUCCCUCCUCCUCUCUCUAACACCGUCUCUUCUCUCAUUUUCUUUUUAAGCAACUUGUUUUGUCUUCUUUCCUUUAUAGUUUUCUCUAAAAAAGACUGGAAAAAACCAUGCUUUCUAGACUAAAUAGCACCAGUGUUUGGCUUGAAGAUCAUAAAGAAGAGCAAGAUUCAACAACAAACCACCUCCACCACCACCACAACAACAUUAACAACACUACUGCAGCUGGUUGUGGUGGGGUCAUGUUGGAGGGCAGGGAAGAAAUGGGUUCUCUUUCUACUUUCAAAUCCAUGCUUGAAGUGGAAGAUGAGUGGUAUGUGAGUAACAACAACAAUACUAUUCAUCAAACCCAUCAAGACAGUAUCAAAGACCUCACCUUUUCACCAGGUCUUGGUGACCCAGAUAAUCUUUUGCUUCACCAAGUGGAUUCUUCCUCAUCUUGUUCACCUUCCUCUUCAGUUUUCAACAACUUGGAUCCUUCUCAGGUACAUUACUUUAUGCAUCCAAAACCGUCUUUGUCUUCACUCCUUAAUGUGGUUUCUAACAACCCUUUAGAGCAUGGGUUUGAUUUGAGUGAAAUUGGUUACCUUGAGAAUCAAGGAACAAAUUCAGCUGCAACCGCAAAUGUUUCAGCUUUGUUAAACAGGGGAGGUGGGGUUUUGGGAAACUUGGGGAAUUUCUCGGAUUUGAGUUCAAAUAGUCAGAUUAGCAUUCCUAAUUUAUGUUCUGAUCCACAAUUUUCAAGUUCUCGGAUGCUUCAGUUACCUGAAAAUGGUCCUGGGUUAACUAGUUUUAGAGGGUUUGAUGAGAAUUCAGGGAAUCAAUUGUUUUUAAACAGGUCUAAAUUGUUAAGGCCUCUUGAAACUUACCCUUCAAUGGGUGCGCAACCUACUUUGUUUCAAAAGAGAGCAGCUUUGAGGAAGAAUUUGGGUGAUAAUGGAGGGAAUUUGGGACUUUUGAGUGGGAUUGAUAGAGAUAAAGGGAAGAGUGAAAUGACUCAAAUUAGUGAAGAGAAUGACAAGAAGAGAAAAUUUAGUAGCGGAGAUGAUUUUCUUGAGGAUGUGAGCAUUGAUGGGUCGGGUUUGAAUUAUGAUUCUGAUGAAUUUACUGAGAAUACCAAGGUGGAGGAGAUUGGUAAGAAUGGCGGGAUUAGUUCAAAAGCGAAUAGUGGUGUUACUGGUGGUGUGGAUCAAAAGGGGAAGAAGAAGGGGCUUCCAGCUAAGAAUUUGAUGGCAGAGAGGAGGCGCCGGAAGAAGCUCAAUGAUAGGCUGUACAUGCUGAGGUCUGUUGUUCCAAAGAUCAGCAAAAUGGAUAGGGCAUCAAUCCUUGGCGAUGCAAUUGAAUACUUGAAGGAACUUCUGCAAAGGAUUAAUGAUCUCCAUAAUGAAUUGGAGUCGACUCCCCCCAGCUCGUCAUUGACACCGACCACAAGUUUUCACCCUUUGACACCGACUCCAUCAGCACUCCCCAGCCGUAUCAUGGAUAAACUUUGCCCUAGCUCAUUGCCAAGCCCAAAUAGCCAGCCUGCAAGGGUUGAGGUUAGAGUGAGAGAAGGAAGGGCUGUAAACAUCCACAUGUUUUGUGGCCGCAAACCAGGUCUUUUGCUCUCCACCAUGAGAGCUUUGGAUAACCUUGGGCUAGACAUUCAGCAAGCUGUCAUUAGCUGUUUCAAUGGUUUUGCCAUGGAUAUUUUCCGAGCUGAGCAAUGCAAAGAAGGGCAGGACAUGCAUCCAGAUCAAAUUAAAGCAGUUCUCCUGGAUUCAGCUGGCUUCCAUGGCAUGAUGUAGUGGUCAAAUGAACUUGAAGAAAGGUUAUGAACUUCAGUUGCCUAUUGACGGGAAAAAGUUGCUCGAUUGUUAUCUUUUUGUCAAUCAAAGUGGUCUUCUAUACCACCAAAUAGUUACUAGUUAGCUGCCUCCAAAGGCCACCCUGUAGGAUAGGUGCCAUGCAGAAAAAUUCACCAUUAGUUUCAAGUUUUUGGAAGAAUCAGAAUUCUAAUAUUUCCUGCUUUUGCUGUAAGCAUUUCAAUAAAAUUGGCCCGUUUGGAACAA